AUGAUGAGCAAUCUCAUAGAUGCGCACUGGUUUCCCCUGGCGUCGCAGGGCAACAUUUAUUCCAUGACCAAACUGUGCUCGCCCAACAGUCCCAAUAAGUUAUUGGUGGCGUCCUUGAAAAGGAAGAUAUACUCCUGCGAGUAUCAUCAAACGUCGGAGUUUCUUAGGCCUAUGGUGAAGGAAUUACUGUUCACGUACAUUCCCAGUGGAGCAGAAAUUAUUUCCAUCGACGCUUACAACAAGUCCGACACCGGGGACAGUUUUGUGAUAGGCAUAACGAUCAUGAAGACAAGCACAGACACGAUAGAAAGGUACUUGAACAUAUAUACGGAAGGUGCGGUCGACGGCGAAGGGGAUGAGGGCAGUUCGAUUGAAGCCAUAGCGCAGAAUUGUCUCAUGGUGGAGCUGUCGUACACUCCCUACCAUCUGUAUCAUACCGUUUUACCGCAAGAAAAUUCUGUACAGGAGGUAGUCUGGCUGAUAUCUGGAAGCGAUUAUAGAAUUCACAUGAUAAGGGAAGAUAAAUUAAGCCACGUUUACAGCGAGUCCUCUAUCGAGAAAUAUUUCCCGGAACUGCAUGACAUCCAAGCGAUUGCACUGUGGAUCAAUAUUUAUUAUUACGACAAUUACAAACGGAGGGUCACCGCCGUCGGCUGUGAAUGCGGUCUAGUCAAAGUUGCCAUAGUAAACGUCGUGGACCUACAGGUUAUUCGAAGCUGGCUGCUAAGAUACGACAAGCCUGUACCGAGUGUGAUAGUAUUCCCGCACAGGAAUGCCAUUAGUAAACCAACCUUUGUAGACGUCAAUUUCGAGAAAUGUGUCCCGAAGGAUGAUGUCCCGAAAUUAAAUGUCGUUAUUUCGAGUACGAGUAACGCUGUUGUCUUUAAAUGCGAGUAUCCGUCUUCCACCAGAGAUAUCUUGGAGCACGGGAUGAAACGGGACGUAAUAUUGAGCGGCAGCGAAUCGUCGGACUGUAUUCUGUGCUGCUGUAUCGCGGACAUAAAUAUGGACGGUCAAAACGAGAUCUUGCUCGGUACUUACGGUCAGGAGGUCCUGAUCUUUGCGUUGACAGGCGACACGUGGGAAUUGGCCGCCAGAAAACUGUUCGACGCUCCU